AGUUCCGGUUUCUCCACCGUUGCUCUUGCAGGCGUAGGACCGGGUGCCCGGGGGCUUCUGCGGCUCUGGGUUGUGAGAUGCCGGGUGGAGGCCGCUGCCCCGACUGCGGGUCCGCUGAGCUCGUGGACGACGCGCACUACUCGCAGAGCCAGCUGGUGUGCUCAGACUGUGGCUGCGUGGUCACCGAGGGAGUCCUUACGACCACCUUCAGCGACGAAGGCAACCUCCGAGAAGUAACCUAUUCCCGAAGCACAGGGGAAAACGAACAAGUCAGUCGCAGCCAGCAACGAGGUCUCCGCAGAGUGAGAGACCUCUGUCGAGUUCUGCAGCUGCCAUCAACCUUUGAGGACACAGCAGUUGCCUACUACCAGCAAGCGUACCGGCACUCUGGCAUCCGUGCUGCCAGGCUGCAAAAGAAGGAAGUGUUGGUUGGCUGCUGUGUUUUAAUUACCUGCCGACAGCAUAACUGGCCCCUCACCAUGGGAACCAUCUGCGCCCUGCUGUAUGCAGAUUUGGAAGUGUUUUCUGGCACCUACAUGCAGAUAGUGAAGCUCCUGGGGCUGGAUGUGCCAUCCCUCUGCUUGGCGGACCUGGUGAAGACUUACUGCAGCAGCUUCAAACUGUUCCAAGCUUCCCCGUCUGUUCCAGCCAAAUAUGUGGAGGACAAAGAGAAGAUGCUGUCGCGAACAUUGCAGUUGGUGGAGCUGGCAGAUGAGACAUGGUUGGUGACCGGGCGGCACCCCUUGCCUGUCAUCACUGCUGCUACCUUCCUGGCUUGGCAGUCGCUACAGCCUUCGGAGCGUCUGACCUGUUCACUUGCCCGAUUUUGUAAAUUGGCAAAUGUGGACCUGCCCUGCCCUGCUUCCUCCCGCCUGCAGGAGCUGCUGGCUGUGCUGCUGCGGAUGGCCGAGCAGCUAGCCUGGCUGCAGGUUCUGAGGCUUGACAAACGGUCUGUGGUGAAGCACAUUGGCGACCUUCUCCAGCACCGGCACACGUUGGUUCGCAAGGCCUUUCGAGACGGAACAGCAGAGUUGGAAGCUGGGGAGAAGGAGCAGCAGGGUUGGAGCGAGAGCCCAGGGCAGGGAAAAGAGGAGGCAGCGACGAGUUCCUUAGAUCGGCCCGAGGGCAAGAGACCAGCUAGUCCUGCCCUUCUUCUCCCACCUUGCAUGUUGAAGCCCCCGAAGCGGAUCUGUCCCCCACCCCCUAUCUCCACAGUCACCGGAGAUGAGGACAUUUCUGAUAGUGAAAUAGAGCAGUAUCUGCGUACCCCUCAGGAAGUUAGGGACUUUCAGAAAGCUCAGGCUGCAAGACAGGCUGCCAUAGGGGUAUCAAACCCUCCCUGAUGUGCAUCCAGGGGAGUACUCACACCAUUCCAGCAGCAGCUUGACAAUAGACCUAUCACAUCUGGAGAAGUGAGUGUAUGUGAGUCCUGAGGUAUUUAUUUUUUCUUAUUUAAAGGAACCAUGGGACUCUGUGCAGUUAAUUGGACCCUGGGUCCUGGAGUAGUAGCUGGGAGCAGUGCAGGGACAGUGGAUUUGGAGAGAAUCCCAUCUGUUGGUGCCAGGGAGGAAGGUGCAUAUGUUCAUACUACGAGGGAUGGCUUUCCUCCUAGACAGGUUGGAGGGUGCCAGGCUUUCUCCUGGUUUGUAUUGGAUACACUGCUGCUGCAGGCCUGCCAGGCCCUCCCUGCUCAUGUGGAGUGGUUGGUGUUUUGAAAGC